AUGUCCCAUUUGAACAUUGCCCAGCCUCUUACCCUGAGAUGUGGCCUGACACUCCCCAAUCGGGUGGUCAAGGCCGCCAUGGCCGAAGGCCUAGCCGACAAAGAUCUUCUACCGGGCAGUAAAGAUUGUCUAAACGUGUACGGUGAAUGGUCCAAAGGCGGCUGGGGGCUCGUCAUCUCCGGCAAUGUGCAAGUUGACCCUGAGCACCUGGGAGGCCCCGGUGACUUCGCCGUCAACGCCAGCCUUCCCGAAUCCCGGGUCCUUGCUGCCUUUACGGCGUGGGCCAGUGCUUCCCAGCGUCAUGGCACGAAGGCUGUUGUGCAACUCUGCCACCCAGGCCGCCAGAUCGCCUUCAACCGGGGCACUGUCGCCCCUAGUGCCGUCCCCAUGGACCUGGGGGACGCAAUCGUACCGCGCCUCCUCAACGCUCUUGUCUUUGGCACCCCGCGCGAAAUGACCGUUCAGCAGAUCCAAGACACCGUCCGUCGCUUCGCUGAGGCCGCACGUGUGAUGGCUGCAGCUGGCUUUGCGGGCGUCGAGCUACACGCCGCCCACGGUUACCUCCUCACGCAGUUUUUGUCGCGCAAGUCCAAUUUGCGGGAAGACGAAUACGGCGGGGACCCCGUGGGGCGCGCCCGGAUUGUCGUGGAGAUUCUUCAGGCCAUCCGAGCCGCUGUGCCCACCGGGUUCUGCGUGGGAAUCAAGCUCAACUCGGUGGACGUGGGCAGUGCGGUCGAAAUGGGAGACUGCAUCCAGCAGCUGCGGGCGAUCACCGAAGCCGGCACUGAUUUCCUCGAGGUGAGUGGUGGGAGCUUCGAGGAUCCAAGUUUCAGCACGGGGUUGGUGGCGGAGCGGAAAAAGGCGAGCACGCUGGCCCGCGAGGCCUUUUUUGUCGACUUUGCGCAGGCGGUGCGCGCCGAGUUUCCCCAUCUGCCGCUCCUGCUGACGGGGGGGUUCCGCUCACGUCGGGCCAUGGAAGCCGCCGUCAAGGAGGCCAGCUGUGAUCUUGUUGGGCUGGCCAGGCCAUCGGUGAUGGAUCCGUUGCUGCCACGUACCGUGUUGCUGAAUCGGCAGGUUUCGGAGGAGGAUGCAAUGGUGGAGGUGAAAAGAGUGCCCGGUAGCCCCCUGGCCAAAAGGCUCGGGGUGAAGCUAAUUGGCGUCGGUCCGGAGAGGGACUGGUACACGGAGCGUCUUCAACGGAUUGGCGCCAUCAAGAGCUCGAUCGUGGUCACUGGCACGGCCCCCGCCCUCGAUACUGCAAUUGUCCGCAGCAUGUUCCGCCGGCCUAACCUGGCCAGGAACACCUACGGACUGUACGUCACGGCGCCUGGGGCCGAGACUCACCUGAGGGAAGGCCUCGAGGCCAGCGGGGGUUACCAUGAGAUCCUGACGCCCGGCUACACAGACCUCGCUGGGGCUCGUCGAGUGGCAGACAGCAUCAAUCAACGGGUCGCUAUCGGAUCGUUGCCGUCAAUUCAAGCCUUGGUGCUUCACGAGAAAGACGAGGCGACGGCUUUUCUGUUAAGUCUUCUGUUGCUGCAAAGCAUCGAACCGGAUCGCGGCCGGAUCAUAGUGGUAAAUCAUAAGAGUCGGCGGGCGAAAGACUCUGACACCAUGCUCUGGUGCAGUGAGUUGUCCGAGCGUCUGGCGGUGGAUCCUGCACUGUCUAACAUCACGGUGGCCGUGGUGGACCAGGCGUGCGAGCCAGUCCACUGGUUCGAACAGACACUGCUGGCAAAGGUCCUCAUGUGGCUGGUGUCCACCUUGGUAAUGCUACUAUGGCCUGGCACAGAGACUGGGGCCAUUCGACGGUCAUCAGACGAGGUGGUGCGGGUGCUGGCCGACGAUAGAAACGGGGUUUGGCUGAGUAGCAGGGCUGUGUCGGGAUCCGAUGUCGUAGAUGUCAAACAAAGGAGAGAAGCGUGGCGCAACUACUUGGUGACAGCCAAGGUUAAGCAGGGAGAUACGGCUUUAGCGAAGUGGCAGUGA